ACGGGUGAGGCGCACGAGGGCAUGGUGAACAUUCGGCGGGCGCGGGUGGAGGAUCUGCUUGAGAUGCAGGCGUGUAACCUCGCCUGCCUCCCCGAGAACUACCAGCUCAAGUACUACUUCUACCAUAUCUUCUCUUGGCCCCAGCUCCUCCACGUCGCCGAGGACUCUUCCAAGAAGAUCGUGGGCUACGUCAUGGCCAAGAUGGAAGAGGAUGCCUCGGAGAGCCACGGCCACAUCACCUCACUUGCUGUCCUCCGCUCGCAUCGCAAGCUUGGGCUUGCCACGAGGCUCAUGAAGGCUGCAGAGUACGACAUGGUGGAAUGCUUUGACGCUGAGUAUGUUUCUCUGCAUGUUCGAAAGAGCAAUCGUGCUGCUUUCCACCUUUACAGCGAGACGCUGGGCUUCCAGGUUCAUGACAUAGAGAAGAGUUAUUAUGCAGACGAUGAGGAUGCAUAUGACAUGCGAAAAGAUCUUCGAGAUCACCCAAGGAAGAAGAAGAACAGGGAAGCAGCGGACCAGCUUGCGUCCGAUGUAAAGAACAUCUCGCUUAAUGGCAACAAGGACGGAGAAGAUGGCGGGCCUGAAGGGGUUACGAACGAAGGAGGAGUCGAUGUAUAUGCAGAAUCGAACGAGGAGGAUGGAACGUGUUAAGCUUCCAGCGUAAUAUCUAUUCGAUUGAAUCAUCAGCUGAAGC